AAUUUCUUCUCACGCUAUUGUCUUCUGAUUCUGCUUUGGUCGUUAUUCCUUUUCUAGAAAAACGUGGCCAGUGGGUGAUCGUGAGCAUGGAGAAUGCAACUACAUCUAGCUUAGCGAGAACGAAAUCGGAUCAACUGGUGGAGUCGAUGGCGGCGGCUUUAAAGUCGCCGCCAUCUAGUGAAUCAAUAGGAGUGGCGGAGGGUGGUGGAACCCUAUCAAGGAAAUCAAGCCGGAGGAUGAUGGCGGCGUCACCGAGUCGCUGCGGUGGCAAAAACACGCACAUAAGAAAGGCUAGGAGCGCUCAGUUGAAGCUUGAGCUGGAUGAGGUGAGCAGCGGCGCGGCUCUUAGCCGAGCUUCCAGUGCCAGCUUGGGCCUCUCAUUCUCCUUCACUGGCUUCACUGUGCCUCCUGAUGAAAUAGCUGACACCAAACCCUUCAGUGAUGAAGAUAUCCCGGAGGAUAUUGAAGCCGGAACUCAUAAGCCAAAGUUUCAAACGGAACCUACUCCACCGAUAUAUCUGAAGUUCAAAGAUGUGAACUACAAGGUAGUGAUCAAAGGCAUGACCACAACUGAGGAGAAGAAUAUCUUGAAGGGGAUCACUGGUUCUGUAAAUCCAGGAGAAGUUUUGGCAUUGAUGGGUCCCUCGGGAAGUGGAAAGACAUCUUUGUUAAAUCUGCUUGGAGGAAGGUUAAGCCAGCCCAUGAUUGGUGGCUCUAUCACUUACAAUGACCAACCUUAUUCCAAGUUUCUAAAGAGCAGGAUUGGAUUUGUGACACAAGAUGAUGUUCUGUUUCCUCACCUUACUGUAAGAGAAACAUUGACUUAUGCAGCCCGCCUAAAGUUGCCACAUACAUUAACUAAAGAGCAAAAGGAAAAACGAGCUUUAGAUGUCAUCGAAGAGCUGGGAUUGGAGAGGUGCCAAGACACUAUGAUAGGAGGUUCCUUUGUUCGAGGAGUAUCUGGUGGAGAGAGGAAGAGAGUUUGUAUUGGCAAUGAGAUCAUAAUCAACCCUUCUCUUCUGCUUCUUGAUGAACCAACUUCUGGUUUGGAUUCUACAACAGCCUUGAGGAUAGUUCAGAUGCUACAAGACAUAGCAGGGGCUGGUAAAACCGUGGUGACAACAAUCCAUCAACCAUCAAGCAGACUCUUUCAUAAAUUUGAUAAGUUGACCCUUCUAGGAAAAGGGAACUUGCUUUACUUUGGAAAAGCAUCUGAAGCAAUGGACUACUUCCAGUUUAUAGGGUGCACACCUCUUAUUGCUAUGAACCCAGCAGAGUUUUUAUUAGACCUUGCAAAUGGAAACAUAAAUGAUAUUUCUGUCCCAUCAGAGUUAAAUGAUGAAGUGCAGAUGGAAAAUGCUGAAGCUGAAACACGAAACGGGAAACCAUCAGCUGCAGCUGUACAAGAGUAUCUGGUGGAGGCAUAUGAGACUCAAGUUGCCAAAACGGAGAAGACAAAGUUAAUGAUUCCUAUCCCCCUUGAUGAAGAAGUGAAGUCUAAGGUUUGUUCUUGCAGAAGACAGUGGGGAGCAAGUUGGUUUGAGCAAUUUUCCAUAUUAUUUUCUAGAGGAUUCAAAGAACGGAGGCAUGACUAUUUUAGCUGGUUGAGAAUCACCCAAGUUCUUUCAACUGCAGUCAUCUUAGGACUACUAUGGUGGCAAUCAGAUGCUAACAACCCAAAAGGUCUCCAAGAUCAGGCAGGACUGCUUUUCUUUAUUGCUGUGUUUUGGGGAUUCUUUCCUGUCUUCACUGCAAUAUUCACAUUUCCUCAAGAGAGAGCCAUGCUAACUAAGGAACGAGCAACGGAUAUGUACAGGCUAAGUGCAUACUUUGUGGCAAGAACUACAAGUGAUCUUCCACUAGACCUGGUAUUACCAGUGCUUUUCCUCCUCGUUGUUUAUUUCAUGGCCGGUUUGAGACUGAGUGCAGGCCCUUUUUUCCUCAGCAUUCUUACAGUUUUUCUCUGCAUCGUGGCAGCUCAGGGGCUUGGACUUGCUAUUGGGGCUACACUGAUGGACUUGAAAAGGGCAACAACUUUGGCUUCAGUAACUGUGAUGACUUUCAUGCUGGCUGGUGGUUUUUUUGUCAAGGAAGUCCCCAAAUUUAUAUCAUGGAUUCGCUACAUAUCUUUCAACUACCACACGUACAAACUUUUGCUAAAGGUACAAUAUGAAAAACACAUAACACCUACCAUAAAUGGGAUCAGAAUUGACAGUGGAUUCACAGAGGUUGCAGCUCUUAUAGCCAUGGUUUUUGGUUACCGUUUGUUGGCAUAUCUUUCUUUGCGGUGGAUGAAACUUCAAGCUGGAACUUAAGACUAUUCUUCAUCCAAGCAUAUGUAUGAGUUGGAGAUGCCCUUCCUUUCUUCUAGGAAGAGUGAUAUUGAAUGAAGGCUCAUAAUUAUAACAUAUAUAAGGAGAACUACCUAGUAAAGUGCCAAGCAUUGAUUUGAUAUAGCCAUAUAGUUUGUCUAAUCUUAUUUGUAACGUAUUUCAUUUGGCAUGAUCGAGCAACAAAUGCACGCUGAAUGCCAUGUCAAGCACAUCAACAUGUGAAGAAGAGUUCAGAGAUGCGAUGCUUUUUGAAAUUCUUUAACUCUUAGGAAGAAGCCCUUCUUAUUAGAUGUGUUUCAUUAACUCAAGCUUGUCGUAACUCUGG